AUGAAGAUGAAUAUGCUGGCUAGAAAUGACUCUUUAGUGACUGAAUUUAUUAUUGCUGGAUUAACAAACCGUCCCGAGCUCCAGCAGCCUCUCUUCUAUCUGUUUCUAAUGAUCUACAUCGUCACCGUGGUGGGCAACCUUGGCUUGAUCAUCCUUAUUGGUCUAAAUUCUCACCUCCACACCCCCAUGUACUAUUUCCUUUUCAAUCUGUCUUUCAUUGAUCUCUGCUACUCUUCUACUUUCACUCCAAAGAUGUUGCUGAACUUUGUAUCAAAGAAGAAUAUAAUUUCCUAUGUUGGAUGCAUGACUCAGUUGUUUUUUUUUCUCUUCUUUGUCAUCUCUGAGUGCUAUAUGUUGACUUCAAUGGCCUAUGAUCGCUAUGUGGCCAUCUGUAACCCAUUGCUGUAUAAGGUCACCGUGUCCCAUCAGGUCUGUUCUCUGCUAAGUUUUGCUGCAUAUGCAAUGGGAUUUGCUGGAGCCACUGCCCACACAGGAUGUAUGCUUAGACUAACCUUCUGUGAUGCAAAUGUCAUCAAUCAUUACCUCUGUGACAUCCUCCCCCUCCUCCAACUCUCCUGUACCAGCACUUAUGUCAAUGAGGUAGUAAUUCUUAUUGUUGUGGGCAUUAAUAUCACAGUACCCAGUGUUACCAUCCUGAUUUCUUAUGUCUUCAUCCUCACUAGCAUUCUUCAUAUCAAAUCCACUAAGGGCAGGUCCAAAGCCUUUAGUACCUGUAGUUCCCACAUCAUUGCUAUUUCUCUCUUUUUUGGUUCAGCAGCAUUUAUGUAUCUCAAAUAUUCUUCUCCUGGAUCUAUGGAACAGGGAAAAGUUUCUUCAGUUUUUUACACUAAUGUGGGACCCAUGCUGAACCCUCUGAUCUACAGUUUAAGGAAUAAGGAUGUCAAGGUUGCACUGAAGAAAACCCUGCUUCAAAUUCAGAGGAGAAACAUAUUCUAA